AUGUUGCGCCUGUCCUCCGCCGCUCCCGCCAGGGCAAUUGCAAAUAUCGCACGAAGCCAGUAUGCGCUGAAGCAGCAGCAGCGAUACCUGGCCGAUAUCAAAUUCCCUCAAUCAACCCCCACAUCUACAAAGCCCGGCGAAAUCAAAACCCCCGGAAAUGGCAUCGGCUCGAAGGGACCGCUCUCUGAGCCCCAGCCCGUGAGGAAGUCUGCGAGCCCUGUAACACCUACGAGUGCCUCACCGAGUUCCCCCACUAAGGUAGUACCGCCGACCCCAGCAGGACCAAAGACACAGACUGCACCGCCUGUCGUGGCACCCACAAGUUCUUCUGCCGUGAAGACCGAAACUGUUACCCCCUCUUCUCCGGCUGAGAAGCCUGUUGCUGCUGCAGCUACUCCACCGCCGCCUCCACCGGUCAAGCCAGCUUCAGACUCGGCACCCCCACCGCCGCCGGGUAGUAAUCCAGUAAAGAAGACACACAGGUUACGGAACUUCAUUAUCACUCUCACACUAUUGACUAGUCUUUCAUUCGGUGGUGGGGUAUUCUACUCUCUCAAGUCGGACAAUUUCCAUGAUUUCUUCACGGAAUAUAUUCCGUUCGGAGAAGAGGCAGUUCUUUACUUUGAGGAGCGUGAAUUCCGCAGGCGCUUCCCUAAUGCAUUGAGCCGUCUUAUGCCGGCGAAGGAGGCCCUGCCAAAGGUGACAAUCCCCCGCUCAUCCGGUGCUACAUGGAGAAACUACGAGGAAGAGAAGCCAAAGACAACAGAUGUAGGCAAGCAUGGCCCACAUAUCUCUGCAAAGGGGACCAAGGAUCAGCAGGCGGAACGGGCCGAAUUGACCGGGGGACCAAAAGCGAACUCAUCAGAGCAGAAGCCUGCCGAGGCCACUGUUCUAGGUGAAAAGACAGGACCAACCGGCAAGGAUUCGGCGAAGGUUGAGGGUGUUACCAAGCUUGGAAAGGCGAGUGGCGGAAGCAACUAUUCCAUUAGCCCCGUAGAGAUGGAAAGUGUCAACGACCCCGUAGUACAGGAUCUCGUUAAAGUGGUCAACACCAUCAUUUCCCUUGUUAAUAACAGCGGUAGCGCCAAAGCUUUCGAGGAUGUUAUUUCUUCUGCCAAAUCAGAGCUUUCACACCUGAAUGCGCAAAUUGCAACCAUUAAAGGUGACUUGGAAAAGGCAACUGAAGAAAAGCUCAAAAGCAAGGAUGUUGAAUUUGCUUCUGCUGCCCAGAGCCUCGUGUCAAAGGUCAACAGCGAAGUAUCAGACCUAGAGCAUAAAUGGAAGGAAGAGUUCGAGCACGAGCGCGAGAAGAUCAUCCAAUCUUACCGCGAACGUCUUGGCAACGAGCUAGAGCGCUCCCAUAAAAUUGCUGAGCAACGUCUUCGCAAUGAGCUUCUUGAGCAGGCAAUCGAGAUGAAGAGGAAGUUCAUUGGCGAGAUUGAAGAGCGCGUUGAGACGGAACGUAACGGCAGGCUUGGGAAACUUCAGGAACUGACCAACAGCGUUGACGAAUUGAGCAAACUUUCAACUUCAUGGGCCGACGUCAUUGAUGCGAACCUAAAGACACAGCAAAUGCAUGUUGCCCUUGAGGCUGUCCGUGCAGCAUACGAGUCCCCCGAGCAGCCCAAGCCAUUCUUGCGUGAGGUCGCAGCGUUGAAGGAGGUUGCAGGUGACGAUGGGGUGGUCAGUGCUGCAAUUGCGUCCAUAAACCCCCGUGCAUACCAGGAGGGUGUACCUACACAGACCCAGCUGGUCGACCGAUUCCGCCGUGUUGCAGAAGAGGUCCGAAAGGCUGCCCUUCUUCCGGAAGACGCCGGCUUUGCAGGACACGCAUCAAGUUGGUUGUUGAGCAAGGUGUUGUUCAGGAAGCAGGGACUUGCGCAAGGAAAUGAUGUUGAGAGCAUCUUGACCCGCACGGAGACUUUCUUGCAGGAGGGCGAUAUUGACAGUGCGGCAAGAGAGAUGAACCAGCUGAGCGGAUGGUCAAGGACACUAGCAAAGGACUGGCUGAAGGAGGCUAGGUUGCUGUUGGAGGUGCAACAGGCAGUUGAUGUUAUUGCGGCGGAGGCAAGACUUCAGAGUUUGAGGGUCCAGGAACGGAACUGA